UACCGCGACAUGAACUGUCAAAGUUAAGUUGUGAAAUUGUCGUUAGUCAAAACAAGAUUUUAUUUUCAUUAUUUAACGAUGGAUACCCGUUUGUACGAAACUAAAUUACCAAACCACAAAAUAUUCACCGAUCUAAAUGACAGUUUUAGUGAAAAUCCUAGUGGAAAGUUGCGUAAUUUGAUCGAACUGAAGGACGAUGUUUUCUAUAUUUGGAGCCCUAAUGAAAACUGUUUGCUGUGUUUAAACUUGAAGCAAUUGGAAGAGCAUGGAGAUGAAACCCCAUAUCAGAAACUCCACUUCCUAUCGCCUCCCUCGUUCACCGUGGAGCGCAUCAUGACCAGCAGCUGUGGCAGCAAGGUCUGCGUGUGGGGCUCCCGGGGUGUCACCAUCGCUGAACUGCCCUCCCGUUGGGGCAGAGCUGGACUCUUCGAUUCCGGGAGCAAAACUGUUCUGUGCAAGAGCUACUCUCUAGACGAGAGGUUCCUGUACUCUCAAGGUGAGGUGCGCCGCGUGCACUGGCAUCCGAGCUCGCUCUCCAGCUCACACGUCCUGGUCCUCGGAUCCGAUAACAGCAUCAGACUCUACAGCAUUGCUCCGAAAAAAGGUCCAAAACUAGUCAGGAUCCUUUCCAUUGGACCAAAGCCUUCAGGCCAACUCGCCGGCAGGACUAUCCUGGACAGUCUAGGAGACACUGCUGUAGACUUCACGCCGAUACCUGACUCCGAAACCCUGGUGAUCUUGAGGGGCAAUGGUGAUGUUUAUAUGAUGCAGUGCGAGUUGGAGACUAAGAGUCCUCUGCAGCCGAAGCUAACAGGCCCCCUCGCUAUGUACCCUCCUGCUGAUGACAACUACGGCUCCGAGUCCUGUUCCAUCACCGCUUUGGGUGGAGGAGACACGCCACCGCUGAUAGUAGUCGCAACCUGCUCCGCGGCCUUGUAUCACUGCCUUUUGCUGCCGAAUCCUACAGAGAAAGAGGACGGCGACAGUCACGCCCUCUACGUGGUGGAAGCAGUCGAAAUAAACAUGACCCUCAAUCCUGACCAAGACUUGCAGUACUCAUACCCAGUUCAUCUAUACCCAUGCACAAACAACACAUACGCUUGCGUACACGCGGGCGGCGUCCACACUAUCACGCUGCCGAUCCUCAGGCAUCUAGUUGACUAUGCACUCGCUGAUGAAGCUGAAACAGAGUCAGUCCUGUCGGCGAUGUGUGGGGGCCGCAGCAGCGCCCGCCACGCGGUGUGCGCCGCGCCGCCGCCGGCCGGGCUGGCGCUGGCGGCCGCGCCGCUGCCCUGCAUGCUGGUGCUGUGCGGGGACUGCACGCUGCUGGCCAGAACCCUGGAACCAUUCGACCUAGAAGAACUGCUGCACAAAGAACUUCAGCUGAAGAACCCUGCGCUCGAACAAGAUGACAUUAUCAAUAUACUGAAAGAGAGACAGAAGCUGUCAUUCACGACGGUCCUUCAAGAGAUUCUGACACGAGAAGUGUCGCAACCAAUCUUGAACAUCAAGAAGAAUGAGGAGCCAAGUCCCCGGGAGUGUUUGGAGUUGCUGAGCCAGGCGUCGCUCCGGCUGCGCGGCGAGUACAUGUCGCGGCAGGCGGUGGCGGCGGGCGCGCUGCGCCGCAAGGUGUCGGGGCUGCGCGCGCUGGCGCAGCAGCAGGCGCGCUGGCUGCCCGAGCUGGCCGCCGCGCUGCAGCGGGCGCGGGACCACGCGCGGGAGCUCAGCGACAAGUGCGUGCUGGCCGAUAAGCAUCAGGAUGAUCUUAAGUAUCGAUGUUCGGCUGUGAUCCGUCGCCUGCGCGCGAGUGCGAGCCCGACGCCGGCAGAGCGCGAGCUGCUCACUGUACUGCGGCGGUACCAGCUCUGCGGGGAGAGGCUCGCUGAACAGAUACGCACGCUCAAACUGCAUGCCAGCAACAAGACGGAACAGUUGGAAAAAUGGAAUGAGGAGUACAAGAAGAAGGACAUCGCACUCGGCAAGUCUCACAGCGACACCAUCUCCUCAAUACUGCAGCAACAGACCAGCCAAAUAUCAACUCUAAUUGAAGAAACUAAGUUACUGAAAGACCAACUCAGCAUUGUUUAGUAUUUACAACUCUAGUAUUAAUAAGUAUUUGUUUAAUUUUCUGUCCUUUUUUGUUUGAAUAUCUUGUUUGUCAUGAUUUCUCUCAUUGUAUUGCCAGAACAAUUUUUUUUUUUCGGAAUCAAUAUUUUUUUGUUUGCGUAAUUUAGUUCUCUACUUGAGUAUAUUUGAUGAAGAAUUACCUUACUUCUAAAAGAGUAUAAUGCUAAGUCUCUUCAGAAGCGAAGCAUUACAAGUUCUCCGAUAGUUGACAAUUCAAGUUUCAAAUGACGCAAUCCUCAGUAGAUACAUCUUUUUAUCCCACUGUGUCUCACUGCUGGACAAAGUUCUCUCAAAUCCUUCCAAGAUUCUCUCAUGGAACCAGCCUACGCGAUUUGCGUUUUGUUCGUCCCGCCACAGAAUAUCAGGUCGACUGCGGUGGCGCCCUGCAUUUGCACUUAACGUCUUAGGUAUUAUUAAAUUGUCGGCAUCGGUCACUUGUUUUCCCUUGUGUAAAAGAGUCUUAGUUUAAAUAGAUUUUUGUUGUUCAUAAUGCAUAUCUAUGUAUAAAGCCUUUGAUAGCCGCCUUUGAUACGUGGCCAGUAGUGAAUUUGAUUUCGUAAAAUCGUUUUAAUUUUCCUUAAUUUGCUCCUUUAAAUAAUUUUUUUUUUUAAUAUUAUUUCAUGACCCAUUUCAACUAUAAGUCAAAUAAAUCAUACAUCUUGAUAAAUUGUUGAUUGAAUUGUGUUUUGAUACAAAAUAAAGAUUACUGAAACCUA